UGAGGAAAACUACAUGUUGUCAUUUAUGGGGCGGGUGUUUGUUUCGGGAUAUUACAGAUGUUGUACCGCCCACGACACUUGUCCUAAGUGUUACUUUGCAUCUUUCGGAGCUCGGUAAUUCCCGCAUAAUUCUGGUAUGCGCUCGGGGCCCCUCGCUGCUAUGGUGGCUGUUCUCCUAUUGAUGCGCAGGAUCGUGCUGACGACCGCUGACGCUGCCGCUGGGACAGGCGCGUUCUGCGGCCAGUGUGCCGCCGGAAAAUGCGGCGUGAAGACCUCCCCGGUGGUGCUGCAGGAGUCCCGGGCACCAGAGCCCGUGGUGUCAUAUGAGCAGCUUAAGACCAUGCUGUCCAGUCACAGCAUCCAGCUGUUUGAUGUCCGGAACCCAGAUGAGUUCCAGGCGGGAUGGAUUCCUGACGCCACCAACAUCCCAUUGGGGGAGCUGGAGGAGGCCCUGCAGUUGACCCCUGACCUCUUCAGGAGUCGCUUUCAUGUCGUUGCACCCAAGAAGACAGACUCCAACAUCGUAUUUUACUGUCGGAAGGGCAACCGCAGCGCCACUGCUCUGGAGAUCGCGUUCAGGCUGGGCUUCAGCAGGGCGCAGCACUACGCAGGCGGAUACAAAGAAUGGGAGCAGUAUGAGCGGCAGUGAGCCUGUGAGCUGAUUGGCCGAAGUGACCAACAUCCCAGAAUGCAGUGCAGGACAAACAGUCAGCUGGAUCAUCUGCCCCUAGGAUCAGGGCAACAGAGGAAACGGUGUCUAAGUUCAUCAAAAUAAAGUGGUGUUUACAAACUGGC